AUGCCUCCUAGGAUCGUAUACGGCAAGAAGGCUACCGCAAGGCCCGUCUCUGCGAGUUACAUAAAGUUCUUGUCCCCUGGAGAAGACCAGCUUUUCUCAAGCACGAACAAGGAAGAGGUGCAAACGCAGACGAACAAAGGGUCGAGCCAGUCGGCAAGGACAACCGAAGAAAGAAUACAGGAUGAACUGGUAGCGUUGGAAGCACAGUUGGGUGGUCUGGCGAUCGACAACGAUAUCAUAAAGCAGGAUGGUCUUCCGGUCGAGAAGAAGCUCACGAGCAGGUCGAGGAAGGUACUUGAGGAUCGCGAUGCGAACACAGUACCGAAGAAGACUAGCGAGCAUAUCGAAAAGCCAGACAAAGCAGAGCUGAAAGGAACCACCCAGCCGACGGAGCUUGCAACACCUCCACAGACGCCCGUUGCCAGACCAAGGAAGAAGAGAUCGAAACCGACGACAACGAAGAAGAGAGCACAACCACCUACACCCGAGUCCACGCCAGAGCAUGAUGAUGUCCAUGUUCGAUACAUUUCGCCGCUAUUCUCAUUCAGCGACGGCAAGAGGAUCACAACGUUUGAGCAAUGGUCGUCAGAAUUAGAGCCACACUUCAAGAUUACGAAGAUUGCAGAGGCGUCUUUCUCGGAAGUCUACCGGCUAUCAGCCAUAUCCGCUACCGCUGGCCUUGGUGAAGAGUCGGUCUUGAAGGUCGUUGCACUGAAGACGCCUCCUGAAGCCCCGCUGCCCUGCCAGACGUUAGAGCGUGCAAUCAGAGACCGUAAAGGGCAAAUGGCGAAGGAGCUGGAAGAGAGAGAAGAGAAGGAUGCCUACAAGUCGCACGUCGCUGAUGUGUUGUCCGAAGUGAAGCUACUUCAGAACCUCAACCAGAUCCCUGGCUUCACAAACUUCCGAGCUCUGACCGUACUACAAGGGCGACCGUCAUCAUCGUUCAACAAUGCGUGGAAAGUGUGGAACAAAGCAAGGCCUCGCGGUAAGAAGAGCUACUUCCCCGAUCCGAGCAAAAAGACCAGCUACGAAGACACACAACUGUGGGCUGUUAUAGAGAUGCAGGAUGCGGGCAUGGACUGUGAGAAGCUCAUGGAGUCUGAAGGGCUGGGGACGAUAUGGGAAGUUUGGGAUGUCUUCUGGGGUGUCUGCAUGAGCGUCGCAAAAGCAGAAGAAGCGUGUCAGUUCGAACACCGCGAUCUGCACAUGGGCAACAUCUGUGUACGCUCCUCGCGCCCCGAGAGCGAUGUUGCCAUGCCCACAGCCAAGGAUCCACUACGACGCCGCUUCCGGUUCACUGGUCUUGAGACAACAGUCAUCGACUACACACUCUCUCGCGCGGACAUCGUCACGCAUCAGCAAACCCCCACAUCCUCUCCUUCAACACUCGACGCUGCAUCUCAACCGCGCCCCCACUUCACGGGGAACGAAGUGGCCUAUCUUGACCUCAACAAGGAUCCCGCUCUCUUCGAAGGUGAUGCAGCCGAGGAGUAUCAAUACGAGAUCUAUCGAUACAUGCGCGGUGCAGCUCUAUACGACAACCCGCUCCAGUCUGAGCCUUGCCCUGAGCCAAAAGUCCCCACAACACCGCGCCCUGCACCAAAGAAGAACAUACACAUUCGUUUCGGCGAGAUACCCGAGACGCCGCAGAAGCCAUCGCUAGAGACAGCGACAGACACUAACGUAUGGAGACGAUUCCACCCCAAAACCAACCUCGUGUGGACGCAUUUCCUCCUGCACAAGCUGCUCAACCACCUCAAAGGCUACGAGCCAGAGCACCAGUCCACUACCGACAUCAUGGCCAACGUCGACCUCGGCGACGACGCAAGUAUACCCGGCGCUGCACUGAGAGUCAAGAAGAAAGCCAUCAAGCUCCACAGAGUGCUGCAGCGGGUCAGCGAGCUGCUGUGUCCCGUCGCGCUCGGCCAAGCAGGGAGUCUGAAGAGCGUCAAGGAGCUUGUCAUCCUGGCGGUCGAGGAGCGGUGGUUAAGGGUCGGUGACGUGAGUGGCUAA